CGGCCGCUGCCUACCGUCGACGCGACGACUACGAUGGGAUGGGCGGCACUCUGCCACACAACUCCGCGCCGGUCAGAUCCGAGAUGCCCCAACCUUCUCUCCACCGUCCCCGCCACGGAUCCAAUGAGUCCAUCAUCACCACCACCCCUCGUCCCUCCCCUGCGAAAUCAACGCCGGGACGUCCAGCAGGGCGACAAGGGUGCCCGGGUCAACGCCCUCCUGCCCUCCUCUGACGUCCUCCUGCAAAGUCAUCCACCCGUUGCACCCAUCAUCCACUGUGUAGCCGGAGUUUGGCGUAGCCCACAUCUACAGCGGGGGCAGCUCGCGGCCCGCUUGGGUGCAGUUUCGGUAGCUGUUAUUUGCAAGUAUAUUUCCCUGAUCUCACAUUUUUUUGUCUGGACCCAUUUUCAUCUACGUGCAGUUCGCUUCGUAGGCGUCCGCUAUUCACUUCUUUUGGAAAAAACAAAAAAAGCUCUUUAAGGGUGGCCAUGCUGCCAUUUGCAGUUCACUGGAGGGGAAGAAAAGGUGCUCUCGUCAGGGGGAGUCGAUGCCGUGACCUUGCAGUACACAGCGAGCCACGCUGUAAUCACGUUGCUCGCGUGUACCAUGAAGUCCACUGUUUGCUCUCGUUUGUGACAAAUUUUUGGUGGUUAAAUUCUGUUUAUGAAAAACACAGAGGAGUACACUUUCUUUUUGGAUGUGCUUCGCUUGUACUGUGCGUUGGUUAACUUCCAUUUUUUUAAAAAUUUUGCACUUGCCAUGUUCAGUUUCAGAGAAGUUCUAAACUGUUGUAGAUUUGGAAUGGGCAUAUGUCGUGCAGUUUGUGAUCCAGGGUGGUGCAGAUGAUAUGCAGAUCGACACCAUGGUCAAAGAAGUGCGCGGCGUGGUGCAGUACGCAACGCCCAUAUUCCACUUAUUUUUCUUGAACUGGCUAGUGUUGAUUUUGUGUAUAUGUAUGUGUAUGUGGUUGUGUAAAACAACGGUGGGAUGUAUUGUGUAAAUGAGCAUCAUCAGCGGCCAUAGGAUAGUGGUGCAAAACAAAAUUGUGAGUGUAGUUUGGUUACAUCAACACCUACAGUGUGUUUGGUCGUCGGAUGUGGUUUACUUUUAAAAGUGAUGCUGUUCACUUGUGCUCAA